UUGAAAAUGCCAAACGGGCACGAAAGACAAUAUGGCUACGAAUAAUGUUGUCGGCUGUAUAGAAGGAAUAUUUUGAUUAUAGCCUCAGGUAUAAUGUAUUUUUAUUAGUUGGCAUUCGCUCGAACUGUCAGUUGUGAGUCGGCAGUGGGUUUGUGUAUGAGCUGAGACGACAAGUGAAAAGUAUGUCAGAAAAUAUUGAAAUUAGAACUAUUAUUGCAAAUAAAAAUCACAUAAACACUGUGACAGAUAGUCCUGUACAAGACCCAGCAUCAUCUGGAAAGGGCUUGGAAGGAAGUAAUGCCUUUGUGAGUCAAAGGUCUAAGUUGGACACGAAAUCGUCGUCAAGCGCCUUAAAAAAAUCGAGCCGAUAUCGUAGCAGGUCUCUGUCGGCUUCAUCGACCGAUUCGUACAGUUCAGCAUCAUGUACAGGUAGCAGCUCCGAUGAAGAUGACGUGUCGCCAAGGGAAAAGGUGCAAAAAAAUUCGGCCGGCAGCUCGGACUUUUGUGUGCGUAACAUCACACAACACGCGUUUGGCAGAAGGGAGAUCGAAAUUGCCGAACAAGAGAUGCCCGGUAUAAUGGCAUUAAGGAAAAGAGCAGCUGAUGAUAAACCGUUGAAGAACGCCAAAAUUGUAGGAUGUACUCACAUAAAUGCCCAAACCGCUGUUAUGAUAGAAACUUUGGCUGCCUUGGGUGCUAGUUUAAGAUGGGCUGCUUGCAAUAUUUACUCCACACAGAACGAGGUAGCAGCCGCUUUGGCCGAAGCUGGUUACUCGGUGUUCGCGUGGAGAGGGGAGACCGAGGAGGAUUUUUGGUGGUGCAUAGAUAAGUGCGUGAACGCGGAAAACUGGCAACCCAACAUGAUUCUAGACGAUGGCGGCGAUGCCACGCAUCUCAUGCUCAAAAAGUAUCCGGCUAUGUUCAAAUUAAUUAAGGGCAUUGUAGAGGAAAGCGUGACUGGGGUGCAUCGCUUGUAUCAGCUUUCGAAAGGUGGAAAACUAACCGUCCCAGCUAUGAAUGUAAAUGAUUCUGUUACCAAGACUAAAUAUGAUAAUCUUUACAGUUGUCGCGAAUCCAUUAUAGAUAGUUUAAAACGUUCCACAGACGUAAUGUUCGGUGGUAAGCAGGUUGUUAUAUGUGGAUAUGGGGAAGUUGGUAAAGGAUGUUCCCAAGCUUUAAAAGGAUUCGGUUGUGUAGUGUAUGUCACCGAAAUUGACCCCAUUUGCGCUUUGCAAGCAAGCAUGGAUGGAUACAGGGUGGUCAAACUAAACGAGGUGAUUCGUAAUGUAGAUAUAGUUAUUACGGCGACAGGAAACAAAAAUGUCGUGACAAGGGAACACAUGGACAAAAUGAAGAACGGCUGCAUCGUUUGUAAUAUGGGUCAUUCCAACACCGAAAUCGACAUUAAUAGCUUAAGAACGCCAGAUCUGACGUGGGAGAAGGUACGCUCCCAGGUGGAUCACGUGCUAUGGCCGGACGGGAAGAGAAUUAUUUUGCUGGCGGAAGGAAGAUUAGUCAAUUUGAGCUGCUCGAGCUUACCUUCGUUUGUUGUUUCGAUAACUUCGGCCACGCAAGCGUUAGCCUUAAUAGAGCUCUUCAAUGCACCUACAGGGCGAUACAAAUCCGACGUCUAUUUGUUGCCUAAAAAAAUGGAUGAGUAUGUUGCCAGUUUACAUCUUCCAACGUUUGAUGCCCACCUGACUGAAUUGACAGAUGAGCAGGCAAAGUAUAUGGGUUUAAACAAAGCUGGGCCGUUCAAGCCUAACUACUACAGGUAUUAAUUAGAGUGUACGGGAAAAUUUUUACUUUUAAAAAUGUACUGCGAUAGAUUAAGUCAAUGUUGUUAGUUGUUGCCAGAUAGUUUUAAAUAAUUGAUUAUUAUAUAA